ACGGGGCUUUUAAAAACACCUUUUUAUGAUUUUCAUGUAGAACAUGGAGGACAGAUGGUGGCAUUUGCAGGGUAUUUAAUGCCAGUACAAUAUGCAGAUCAGAGUAUUUCAGAGUCCCAUAAACAUGUUCGCAGUAGAGCAGGAGUUUUUGAUGUGUCUCAUAUGUUCAGGAGGGUUUUUAUAUUUUAUAGAGUUUCUGGAACAUUAUCUGUUUCUUUUUUGGAGUCAUUAACACCAUCAGAUCUAUAUGAAAUGCCAUUAUAUUCGUCUUUAUUAUCUACAUUAUUAAAUUCCAAUGGAGGAAUUGAAGACGAUUUAAUGAUAUAUCGACAUGAUAAAAAUGAGUUUUAUUUAGUUGCUAAUGCAGCGACACGUGAAAAAAAUAAGGCAUAUUUUAAGAAGCAUUUAGAUUUAUGGGAUAAAUCGAAUGUCCGGCUUGAAGAAUUGAAAGACAGAUGUUUAUUGGCGCUUCAAGGCAUGGAAUUCCUUUUAUUUUUAUUGUAUAAUCAUAAUUUAGGGCCAUUAUCAGCCGAUAUUUUGCAGACACAUACAAAUACAGAUCUUUCAAAUAUAAAAUUUGGAAAAUGUGCUUUUAUUAAACUUGCAGGAUCAAAUGUUCAUAUUUCUAGAACAGGAUAUACGGGUGAAGAUGGAUUUGAAAUUUCUAUUCCUAUCGAAAAUUCUGUUUCUACUUUAGAGGAACUUUUAAAUACUACUAAAGAAUUAAAGUUAGCAGGUCUUGGUGCUAGAGAUUCUCUUCGUUUAGAAGCGGGCAUGUGUUUAUAUGGUACAGAUAUAGAUCAUACAGUAACACCAGUUGAAGCAAGUCUUUCCUGGAUAAUUGGAAAACGAAGACGUGCUGAAGGUGGAUUUCUAGGAGAUAAAAGGAUUUUACAACAAUUACAAGAAGGAAUACAGCAACGAAGAAUUGGGUUAAUUGUUAAAGAAGCACCAGCAAGAUGUGGUGCUGCAAUUCUUAAUAUUGAUGGUUCAGAAACAAUUGGACGAAUUACAUCAGGUUGUCCCUCUCCUUCUCUUCAAAAAAAUAUUGCUAUGGGAUAUAUCAAAACUGGAUAUCAUAAAAAAGAUACAAAUGUUAUGGUAAAUGUUCGUGGAAAGCUUCGAAAUGCAACUAUUAUUAAAAUGCCAUGGGUUCCUAACAAAUAUUACCGAUAA